AUGUUCACUGAAAAUAGUAAAAUAAGUCCAUUUAUUUUACCACUUAAAAUGUUGCUGCAGAUACACAUAGCAGAACUUCUGGAGAUUCCAACGAUGAGUAAAAAACUCUAUGGUAAAAGUCGAAUCGCACAAUUCGUUCGCAGUCGACAUUUGUCGAAUAAACCAGCCGAUAUGACAGCGGCUGCAAUGAAAUCACUGCAAACGCUGCGCAAUUUUGCAAUCAUAUCAAUGGGUUCGAAGACCAACGAUGAUGAGGACUCGUUACCUGAAGAGCAAUAUCGUGAUUUCAUGGGCUUUCUGGACGAGGAGAGCUACAAAUUCAGACGGAUUCUCAAUAAACAAAAAAUGGAGAAGCCAGCUGCUAAAGAUGCAAAAAAACGUGCAGAAAUGCUACGGGCAGUGAACCCGACUUUAGCUGAGGUAGGCAAUGGUAACAAUACGACCACAACGACCGAUGUGGUGCUAUCGGAUGGAGAGCCGUGUUCGGACAAAGAUGAAAUAAUCGCACGCGGUGAUUUGACCGAACUGAAACGUGUUCGUCAAACUGUAUUUCAAGUAGCCAAAGGUCUCUGGCAACGUUUUCAAAUCUCACAAAUCUUGUUGGACUAUAAAGGCGAUUUCCGAAAUUCUGAAGCAGCAAAAGACUUCUAUCUGAAAGAAGUGGCACGAAGACGUUGGCCGACGGCAAAUCUAGCGCGGUCGUUGAAUGGAGUUCUGGCUCAAUUUAGAGUGAGUGUUUCAUUCUUCAAUCAUAUCACUCAAACGGAAUACUUGAAAUUUCGAUUGGUAAAGAGUUCACUACACCUUCCAUUUUUGACACAUUUCAUACAAUGUCGCUAG